GUGCGGAGUUCGAACUCAGAGUUCUUAUAAUCUCAGUGUUUGAGAACUAAAAUCAGUGUGUUGGAUUUAUUCUGCAUAUACCACGUUCAUUCACAAUUUACACAAGACGCGGCGCUUACUGGCUUUAUUAAAAAAAAGAGGCUGAUUAUAGUGAAUUUACGCAGGAAACCAGAUGUCAUAAAUUAAGAAGAAGAAGAACCACGUGUCUUUACUUCGCUCUUUUUAGUGUGCCUUUAUUCAUCACCUUUUUGCUUCUUUAUCAGAGAAAAUAUGACAUCCCAUUAUCAACCUUUAUAUAGCGAGAGUUGUAGUCGAUAUCCCUAUGUCGGCAGAGUAUCCGUAGGAGAGGAGGGUAAUGUUGACUUCAUCUAUCAAUUUGCGAAGAAGAGAUUUGUUUCCAAGAACCAUCAGAAUAUUAGCAUAUUCCAUACUGCCCCUGACAUAAUUGGACCACCCAAAUUUCAAAACUAUGGAGAACUAUUUCAUUUACCAUUUCUUUAUGAAAACAUGUUGAGAUACUAUAGCCGUAUCGAUAUUUCGAUAUCUCCAUGGCAAAACAAAGAUAUUUGUGAUGGGGCUGAGUCUAUUUGGCAAUGGAAUCAGACGGAGGAAAAUAAUUAUAUGUAUAUCGAGUUUCAUGAAGCUGUGUAUCCAAUCAGAGUCUGUAUUUACGAAAUACAUCAUCCUGGAAACGUAAUUCAAAUUUCGGCUCAAGAUUCCAAUAAUCACUGGAUUCAGUUGUGGGAUGAAUCGUCUCAGAUUGUACCCCCAAAAUCAAGAUUAUUUUCUCCACCCUUGUCGCAUCAGUGUAACUUUAAAACCAAAAUGCUCAGACUAACAUUUAAAAACAGUUCACGUUUCUUUUACACAAAGCUAGAUGCUGUGAUGCUCAUCGGUACAUCAGAAUUGAUCCUGUCUAGAAAUCCUAACGAGAGUUUAACUAAUCUGUUAAAAAGAAUUAACAGGAUGUACUCUCCAUACCAGCAUGACGAUGCUCAUAAUUUAACAGCAGAUUUAAAAAGUGCACACUUGGAUAUAGUUCAUCUGCAACAGAAUUUUCCCGAAUAUUGUAUUAUUUAUAAAAGGGGAUGCUGGAGUGACGGCCGAACUUUCUCUAUGUCGAUAAUGUCAACAUUUUUAAUUUUGAUACAUUUCCUGUAUCUGUCUUUCACGAUUCUUCACGAUUUCUUCCAAGCCCAGAAUUUUUUUCCAGGCUUUCAAUCUCAAUUUCAAAGCGAUAUAAGAAGGAUUUCUUAUAAGAAUAAUUUGAAGCAAAAAAUAUCUCAGGAAGUAAUCCCUUGUUAUGAGCAACCUCUUGGAUGGAGAUAUUCGCGUCGUAUUUUAUUAAAAAGUCCUUCAAAUUAUGCAAAGCGUAUGAAACUCUCUUCGGAUGAAUCCAAGGACCUAUCACGUUGCAAUUUAUUGGCGCUUCCGAAUGAAAUACUACUAAAAAUAUUAAACUACUUAGAUCUGACGACGUUAUGCUGCAUGAGUUAUGUAGAUGAACGCUUCAAUAAAUUAAUACGGGACCCUCUACUCUAUGUGCGUUUGAACAUACGAUGCGUUAAAUUUCACACAUAUAUGCGCGAUAUAUUUUGUUACUUUACAUCUAGAUGUGAAUAUUUGCGACAAUUGGAUCUUACAGAAAGCAACUUUGAUGUUAAUGAUUUCGUAAACUUUCUUGAUAAUUGCGGCAGAAAUUUAACGCACUUAAGACUGUAUGCCUGCAAAUCUGUUAACAGUCAUGCCCUACUUAAAACUUCAGAAAUAUGCAAAAAAUUGAAAGAAUUGGAUCUAAGUUAUUGUGAACUCAUAGACGACGAAGGAUUUUCGUACCUCGAGAAGCUGGAAAGUUUGGAACGUUUAUACCUUUGUGGUACACGUAUAAAAGCUCAACAACUUUGCAAAAUACUGCAAAAAAAUCAACGGAUGCGUGAGUUAGGUUCCGGUAUGGUUAUAAACGAAGAAGCAGUUGUACUAGAGUUGGGAAAUUCGUGUCGUGGCUUGGAAGUAAUACAUUUACUGCAUCCACGUUAUCUUACACCUCAUGGUAUUAGUGCCCUCGCUAACUGUAAGAAUUUACGAAAAGUGCAUCUUGUUUUUGCGGAGUAUGUUUACAGAUUCGAUUAUUCAGACAGCUUAUUUAAAUUACUUUCCUCUUAUCAAAACUUACAAGAAAUUUAUAUUUUAUUUGCUGCCCUCACUGAUCACCAGUUGGAAUUACUAGCACAGUGCAAAAACUUGAAAAAGUUAUUUUUUCAUCUUGUGAAAUUUCAUACACCUAAUAAAUAUUCUGUUAUUUUUGAACAAUGUCCUAAACUGCAAGAGUUUUGUUUCAUACACUGUGACAUAAGCGAUCAAUUGGUUAAUCAGUGGAAGCAGAGAUAUCCGCAUGUGUCCGUCUAUACAUACGACGGAUAAUUUGAAUAGUUUUUGUUUACUAGUUUAGGACAUAUUAAUUUA